AUCGCAGACCCUACUCCCCUGGGUCUUUUGUCUUUCGCUACCGCGAUGUUCGGGAUUGGGGCCCGGGGCAUCCAGACGCCUAAUGCCAUGAUCGGAGUGCUGCUCUUCUUCGGCGGCACAUCGCAAUUCCUCGCUGGGAUAAUGGAGUUUGUUCGUGGGCAGGCGUUCGGCGCCACCCUCUGGUGCUCGUACUCCGCCUUCAACUUCUCCUACGCCAUGAUCUACGUCCCAGGCACAGGCAUCAUGGCGGCAUACACCGACUCGACCGGCGCCACCAUCCCCGAAUUCAACCAGGCUCUGGCAAUCUACAUCUGGGCGUGGUUCAUCGUGAACACAAUCUACGCCAUUGGGGCGAUGCGGACAACCUGGGUUCUGUUUCUUGAUUUGGCCGUGCUUAGCUUGGGCUUGCUUCUGCUUGCUGUGGGCUAUAUGAAUGGCAGCACGGCGGUUUUGAAGGCCGGGAAUGCGGUCUUGCUUGUCGUGGCUUUUCUUUCUUAUUGGGCAGGGUGUUCUGGGUUCUGGGCCACGGCGACGCCUAUCAAGGUGCCGACGUUCGCUAUGUGAGGGACAUAAGCAACGAGGCUUAAUAUCUUGUGAUUAGGACAGAUAGUUGAAGUGAGGGCCUGAGUCAAGGAUACUUUGUGAACCGGUGCCGGUAAUUUGCAGUCAGGAGGACAAUGUUGGAGGCGAUUUGGG